AUGUCGGCACAAGAGCUGGCACAAGAGCUCUUCCUCGUGACGGGCGCCAAUGGCUACAUUGCCGCUGCGCUCGUUCGGCAGCUGCUGCAAGACGGCAAACACGUGCGUGCAACUGUGCGACGUCAACAGGCGGGCGACGAUCUGCGUGCUGCUCUCCCUGCUUCCACCGUAGGCAGGCUGGGAAUCGCCAUCGUACCUGACAUCAUUGCCCCCAAUGCCUUCAGAGUAGCUCUCCAAGGCGAGGGCAAGACCGAUGCCAAGCGUGACUAUCUCGAUCCUGCCAAACUCGGCGUAUUGUCGCUACUGGAGGAUGCAAGCCACACGCCUUCGGUUCGAAAGGUGGUGUUAACCGCCAGCAUCGCUUCGAUUAUGGACGUCAGACGUGCCAACACCGACGGCAGCUUUACGGAGAAAGAUUGGAAUCCGAUCACCUACGACUACGCCAUUGAGCUCGGGGCGGGACUUGCAAAUGGAAAAACUAGCCCGAUGACCAUCUAUGCUGCAAGCAAGGCUCUGGCCGAACGAGCGGCUUGGGAGUUUGUGCACGAGCACAAGCCGUCGUUCGCCUUUGCAGCUGUUCAUCCGGGAUUUGUUGUGGGCAGGCCCGUUACAGGUAGUAUCAGCGGCUCAAACGGUAUGCUGUGGCAAACACUCACAGCUCGCCCUGUGCAGGAGUCCGCACAGCCCAUGGCGUUUGUCGACCUCGAGGAUACAGUGCGCGGUCACUUGCAGGCCAUGCAGCGCAAAGAAGCGGAUGGUGGCAGAUUCCUCCUGGUGGCAGGACAGCCUCUCACCCACGAAGCGAUCAAUUGGGCUAAAGACCGCCAGCCCGAUCUGCCCUUUGAUCGAGUCGACAUUCCUGCAGAUGCCGAGGAGAGGAAGAGGAAGUUUACGGGCUACGACAAUUCGGCAUCUCGCGACGUGCUGGGCAUCUAG